AUGUUCGAUUGCAAACCCCACUACAUCAAUAUUCUACCCCAUUUCAAUGGGAGGUCUAAUGAUGAACCAUACACUCAUUUGGCGGAGUUUUUGGCCAUAUGUAGCACCAUCAGGGGGCAUGAUUUUGCAUUGGAAGAGGUCAAGCUUCGAUUAUUUCAGCUUUCGCUAAAAGAUAAGGCGAAACAAUGGUUUCUUACACUUCCGGCAAAUAGUAUUCGGACAUGGGGCGAGAUGCAACAAGUUUUCCUUGACGAGUACUACUCGAUGACGAAGACCGAUGAUGCUCGAGAUGAAAUAAGGUCUUUUAGUCAACUGUCAAGUGAGCCGUUGCAUGAAACAUUUACUCGAUACAAAGAAUUGAUUCGAAAGUGCCCACAUCAUCAAAUAGAGAAGUGGGAAUUGAUUAAGUGUUUUGCGAGAGGGUUGGAUGACGAGACAUGGAAUUGCCUUGAGUCAACGAGCAAUGGAACUUUAUUAAGUAACCAUGAGGAUGAUGAUUGGGAAUUUCUCGAGAUGAUGAGCAAGCGGUCAAAGGCAAAAGAGUCGACCGAUAGAGCUAAGAAACAUCACGUUUCCCGGUCACUUCCCGAUCUUGAUUCUAAGGAUCGAAUUUCUACUUUAGAAUGGGAGAUAACUCGCAUGAAGAAGAAGGAGGUGAAUGCGGUACAGUUUGCGGUCUGUGAAGAUUGUGGGGAGAUUGGUCAUAGGACCGAUCAAUGUCAAACGGGACCGGGUGAUUACACCGAGGAGGUAAAUCAAGUGUAUGGGGAUCGGAAGCAAUAUGAUAUGAACUCCAACACUUACCAUCUGGGUUUGAGAAAUCACCCUAACUUCCGGUAUGGUAACGCCUCGAAUCAGAUGAACCCAAAUUUUCAGUCAGGCAAUCAAGGUGGGCAAGGUGGUUCUUCCUACAAUAACUGA